CGCGAACCCAACCUCAUCAACGUCAUCACUUUUCACGGAAUUAUAAACUCGAUACCCACCAUUUCCCUUUACCUUUCUAAACUACUUUUCUAACAAACACCAAAAUGUCUCAACCACGGAGAGCCCUGAUUGCCAUCACUUCUGCCCAUGCUCCCCUCUACCCCGAGGGAAAAGAGACCGGCCUCUUCAUCACCGAAGCUCUACACCCAUUCAACGUCUUUCAAGAAGCCGGUUUCGAAGUCGACCUGGUAUCCGAAACAGGCACCUACCAACCUGACUGGCUAUCCCAGCAAAAGGAAUGGCUUCCCGACGAGGAUCGCAAGGUCUGGGAGGACCAUUCGAGCGAAUUCCGAUCAAAAUUGGACAAGUUGUUAAAACCCAGUGAUAUCCAGGCAGACCGUUAUGGAUUGUUUUUCGCCUCAGCCGGCCAUGCAUCCUUGAUCGACUACCCGGAUGCCAAGGGCUUGCAAUCUAUUGCUUCUCAGAUUUAUGUUGAUGGAGGGAUUGUUUCCGCUGUCUGCCACGGAGGCGCGAUUUUCCCAGGCAUCCUUGAUCCAAGCACCGGAAAGUCGAUUAUUGAUGGUCGCAAGGUCACCGGCUUUACUACUCGAGGUGAAGAGGAGGAAGGCGUCCUCGCGACCAUUCAGAAGUGGAAUAGGCCUACAAUUGAGGCAUCUGCAGCUUCGUCCGGAGCGACUUAUGUAUCGCCAGCUGGUCCGUGGGAUGCCUUCACGGUGACUGAUGGGAGAAUUGUAACAGGGGCAAACCCGGCGAGUGCUCAUGUGACAGCUGAAGCUGCCGUGAAGGCUUUCGAUGGCCUAUGAUGUGCUUAUUGAGGAACUUGCCACCAAUUGAACGUCCAAUGCCGAGAUUGAAAUGCAUUGAAUGAAUACCUACUUAACCAAGAAUUAAAACAGUUUCGGUUUCAUCACCUUGUAGUGCGAGUUGGCAGCAUUGCUUGAUGCCGUGGAUUGUCGAAGACUAAAUCAUUAUCUCUGGGUGACG